AUGGCAAAAGAAGGGGGUAUCAGUGCCAGGACCACCCUUUGGUAUUUGGUGUUUGUCGGCUUUGCGGUCAACUACAUGAUCCGGAUAAACACCAAUAUCACGAUCGUCGCGAUGAUAAAACAGUCCGAAACGGAGUUCGUUGGCAACACAAAGGUAGACUAUGCCUGCUACGUUACGCUGAACGACUCCGAAAAAUCGGAAGACACCUCCACCUUAAACCAGGGACUUAGUUUGUUGCGAUCGCGUGAGAGUAAGAUCAUAUCGCCGGAGCAAUUGCUGCUGAUGUUUCUGAAGCUCGAUCCCCAGAGGGAAGGUUUCGACUGGAACGACUAUCAGCAGGGCCUUGUACUCGGUGCGUUCUACUGGCUACAUUGGAUCACGCAAAUACCAGGAGGAAUACUGGCCCGUCGGUACGGGACGAAACUCGUGUUUGGGGCAAGCAAUGUGAUCGGAUGCUGGUUGUGCUUCCUGAUGCCCAUCGCCUCCUACUGGGACUAUCGGGUACUGGUGAUCCUGCGUGUCCUACAAGGUUUGAUAUGUGGUUUGGCAUGGCCAGCUAUGCACCACAUGGCGGGACAGUGGAUUCCCCCCAACGAACGCAGCAAGUUCGUUACGGCAUACCUGGGUAGCUCGAUCGGAGUCGCACUCAACUUCCCACUGUUCGGGUACAUCAUCUCUUGGUCGUCCUGGGAGUAUGUGUAUCAUUUUUGCGGCGUGUUUGGCACCGUAUGGUACGUGGCCUGGCUGUAUCUGGUGUACGAUUCACCGGCCGAACACCCGCGUAUCCAUCCCAACGAGCGCAAGUUCAUCGAAAGUUCGCUCGGCAUCAGUGACCACUCGGCAAACCAUCAGCAGCAGAACUCGCGCGAUGAACGCACACCCUGGAAGGCGAUUCUGCUCUCGAAACCGAUGUGGAUCACCGUCAUUGCCCAGUGGGGAGGCAUAUGGGGACUGUUUACGCUCAUGACGCAGGCCCCAACGUACUUCAACAACGUGCACGGUUGGAACAUCGAGAUGACCGGACUCCUGUCGGGCAUUCCGCACCUCUGUCGGAUGCUGUUCGCGUACUGUUUCUCACUCCUCGGCGAUCGGUUGCUGAAGCGUGAACUUAUGUCCCGGACAGGAGUGCGCAAGAUGGGCGGUACGAUGUGCUGUGUCGUGAAUGGGUUGUUUGUCUUCGCCCUGGCCUACAGUGGAUGUAACUCCCUGAUGGCAAUCAUCUUCCUAACGCUCGCUACCGCAGUGCACGGGGCCGUUUCGACUGGUCCGCUCGCAAGCUUAGUCGACAUGAGUCCCCGAUACGCGGGAAUCCUGCUCGGUGUAAGUGGGAUGAUCACCGUCAUCCCAGGAUUCAUCUCACCGAUCAUCGUGGGAAUGUUGGGCAAUCACACCGUUGAGCAAUGGCGCAUCAUCUUUCUCAUCUCCUCCGCCAUGCUGAUUGUAUGCGGGCUACUCUACAUGGUGUUCGCUGAUUCCACACUACAACCCUGGAACUCCUACGACGAUACUGCCGACGCCGAUUUUGACGAAUUAGAAGGACUUAAGGAGGCCACCGGGAACCCCGAGGGUCCGAAAGAUCCCGCGUACCGGAUGUAUCUUGAUGUCCCACAGGAUAGCAAUGGGAAACACGAAGAAGCCGGACAUCCUCGGGCUGAGAGGCUAAGCUCGGUCUGAAGACAGUAUUAGUGAAUCUGAACCACAUAAUUGU